GAACGUUAGCAUCCACGUGUUUAAUUAACAAUCGCGUGGUGCACGAGACACUUCGACACAGAUCUCUACUUCGCUUCACUCUGUCUGCAGAAUGGCAUCCGAACUAGCUUUGCUGAGUGUUUCAGAUAAAACAGGACUGGUGGAGUUUGCCCGGCGGCUGGUGGCAGUGGGUUUGUCAUUAGUGGCAUCAGGGGGCACCGCCAAAACUCUGAGAGAUGCUGGACUCGCUGUCAGGGAUGUAUCAGAGCUCACUGGAUUCCCAGAGAUGCUUGGAGGACGAGUCAAAACCCUUCAUCCAGCCGUCCAUGGUGGAAUUCUGGCGAGACAAACCCCCUCUGACAAGGCUGAUAUGGAGAAGCUCGGCUUUAGUCUUGUUAGAGUGACCGUGUGCAACCUUUACCCAUUUGUGAAGACUGUUGCAUCCCCCAGUGUGACUGUUGAAGACGCCGUGGAGCAAAUUGAUAUCGGCGGAGUUACUCUUUUACGAGCGGCAGCCAAGAAUCAUGCCAGAGUCACUGUAGUCUGUGAUCCAUCUGAUUAUGAUGUUGUCGCCAAGGAGAUGGAGUCGUCUGAGAACCAUGAGACCACUAUUGAGACACGCAAAACUCUUGCUCUUAAGGCCUUCACACACACUGCUCAGUACGACGAAGCGAUCUCUGAUUACUUCAGACGUGAAUACAGUAGAGGAAUUUCCCAGCUGCCUCUGCGGUAUGGCAUGAACCCCCAUCAAGCUCCUGCUCAGCUAUACACGCUACGACCAGCACUGCCACUCACAGUGUUGAAUGGAUCUCCCGGCUUCAUUAACCUGUGUGACGCUCUUAACGCCUGGCAGCUGGUGAGAGAGUUGAAGACUGCACUCGGGUUGCCAGCCGCCACCUCAUUUAAACAUGUCAGCCCUGCAGGAGCUGCAGUUGGUGUCCCGUUGAGUGAAGAGGAGGCAAAGGUGUGUAUGGUGAAUGACCUGCUGAAGGAUCUCACACCUCUUGCCACUGCUUACGCCAGAGCCAGAGGUUCUGACAGGAUGUCCUCUUUCGGAGAUUUCAUUGCUUUGUCUGACAUCUGUGACGUCCCCACUGCCAAGAUCAUUUCUAGAGAGGUGUCAGAUGGCAUUAUCGCUCCGGGAUAUGAGGAAGAAGCACAACGAAUUCUUUCCAAGAAGAAGAAUGGAAACUAUUGUGUCCUUCGGAUGGACCCUGAGUAUGAACCUGAUGAACAGGAGGUGAGGGUGCUGUUUGGUUUGCACUUGAAACAGAAGAGGAAUGGAGCUGUUAUUGACAAAGAGCUCUUCAGUAACAUUGUCUCUAAGGGCAAGCUUUCUGAGAGUGCUCUGCGAGAUCUAAUUGUUGCCAGUAUUGCAGUCAAGUACACACAGUCCAACUCUGUGUGUUAUGCAAAGGAUGGUCAGGUGAUUGGCAUCGGCGCUGGGCAGCAGUCUCGUAUCCACUGUACUCGUCUGGCGGGAGAUAAAGCUGAUAACUGGUGGCUCAGACAUCAUCCACGAGUGCUCAGUAUGAAAUUCUGCAGUGGAGUUAAACGUGCAGAGAUGGCCAACGCCAUCGACCAGUAUGUUAGUGGCACGAUUGGAGAGGGUGCAGAUCUGGAUGUUUGGAAGGCUCUGUUUGAGGAGGUUCCUGAGCCUCUGUCAGAGAUUGAGAAGAAGAACUGGAUCAGCUCUCUGCAGGCUGUAGCUCUCAGCUCUGAUGCUUUCUUUCCCUUCCGGGACAAUGUUGACCGUGCCAAACGGAGUGGUGUGGAGUAUAUCGCUGCCCCCGCAGGUUCUACUGCAGAUGAGGUGGUCAUCAGUGCCUGCAAUGAGCUGGGUAUUUCUCUGGUGCACACCAACAUCCGCCUUUUCCAUCACUGAGAAGCACUACAACACAUUCGGCUUGAUAACUAGUAUCCAUCCUGCUAUGAAAGUUUAGGGUUUCUGUCUAUUAAGAUCUGUUACUGUAACUGCAAGUUGCUACCCAUAUUUUACAGCUACAUGUUUAUAGUCUGUGUCUAGUGGUGUCAUUAUUAACAUUAUGCAGAUUACUUUAGACAUUAAAUGCAAUAACUCAAUAGAGGAAAAAUGUCAUU